AUGUCUUCCACUACUCCAACCCCAGCUGUCGAUCAGCUGGCCGCUGACCUCAACAACGCGUCCUUGAACACCAGCGACGCCAACGGUGCCGCUCCCAUCGACACCAGUGUCGCCAACGUGGCCUCCGAGGAUCCUGAUACCGCUGGACCUACCCCAAGCUCUGCUACCCCCCACCCCCAAGCUUCCGCCUCCCUCUAUGUUGGCGAGCUCGAUCCCUCGGUCACUGAGGCUAUGCUCUUCGAGCUUUUCUCCCAGAUCGGUUCGGUCGCCUCCAUCCGGGUCUGCCGUGAUGCCGUCACUCGCCGAUCCCUUGGAUAUGCCUAUGUCAACUACAACACCACUGCCGAUGGCGAGAAGGCUUUGGAGGAGCUCAACUACACUCUCAUCAAGGGCCGCCCAUGCCGUAUUAUGUGGUCGCAGCGCGAUCCCGCUCUUCGCAAGACCGGUCAGGGCAACGUUUUCAUCAAGAACUUGGAUACUGCCAUUGAUAACAAGGCCCUUCAUGAUACAUUUGCAGCAUUUGGUAACAUUCUGAGCUGCAAAGUUGCUCAGGACGAGACUGGAGCCUCCAAGGGCUACGGAUUUGUCCACUAUGAGACCGAUGAGGCUGCCAGCCAGGCCAUCAAACAUGUCAAUGGCAUGCUUCUGAACGAGAAGAAGGUGUUCGUCGGCCACCACAUUCCCAAGAAGGAUCGCCAGAGCAAGUUCGAGGAGAUGAAGGCCAACUUCACCAACAUUUACGUCAAGAACAUCCCCACCGAGGUUACUGACGAGGAAUUCCGCGAGCUAUUCGAGAAGUAUGGCGAGGUCACAUCCGCCUCUCUUGCUCGUGAUCAGGAGGCCGGCAAGAGCCGUGGAUUUGGCUUCAUCAAUUUCGUCAACCACGAGCAUGCUGCCAAGGCAGUUGAUGAGCUGAACGGAAAGGAUUUCAAGGGUCAAGACCUCUAUGUUGGCCGCGCACAAAAGAAGCAUGAGCGGGAGGAGGAGCUUCGGAGAUCCUACGAGGCAGCUCGCAUUGAGAAGGCAUCAAAGUACCAGGGCGUCAACCUUUACGUUAAGAACCUUGAUGAUGAAGUUGACGACGAUAAACUGCGCGAGCUUUUCACUCCAUUUGGAAACAUCACGUCAGCCAAGGUCAUGCGCGACUCUGCUGCUGAGACUGCCGAGGCCGAGAAGAAGGAAGCUGAAAAGAGCAAAGAGAACAAAAAGGAGGGCGAAGCCGAGCCCGAAGCUGAGAAGGGAGAAUCUGAGAAGGAGGCUCCCAAGUCAGAAAAGCGUGCGUUGGGCAAGAGCAAGGGCUUUGGAUUUGUUUGCUUCAGUAACCCUGAUGAGGCCACCAAGGCUAUUGCUGAGAUGAAUCAAAACAUGGUGAACGGCAAGCCGCUGUACGUUGCCCUCGCCCAGCGGAAGGAUGUUCGCAAGGGCCAGCUGGAGGCCAGCAUCCAGGCACGCAACCAGAUCCGGAUGCAACAGGCCGCUGCCGCUGCAGGUAUGCCACAACAAUACAUGCAAGCACCAAUGUUCUAUCCUCCGGGCCAACAACCUGGAUUCAUCCCACAAGCUGGACGAGGCAUGCCAUUCCCACCCCAGGCCACUGGAAUGCCUGCUCCUGGAGCCCAAGGCGGUCGUCCAGGUCAGUUUGCUGGUGGCUUCCCUCCACAAGGUGGUCGUGGAGGCCCCAACGCUCAACAGCUUCCACCCAACAUGUAUGGAAUGCCGGGCCAAUUCCCUGCUGGAGCGCCAUAUGGUCAACAGGGUAGCCCACAGUUCUUAGCUGCCAUGCAACAAGCUCAACAGGCUGCUGCUCUUGCUGGUGGACGUGGAGGACCCGGUGCACGUGGUCCCAUGCCAGGCUUGCCAGGCAUGCCUGCAAAUAUGGCCGGUCUUCAAGGCGUUGGUCAACAAGGAAUGCCAGGCUUCCCCCAAGGUGCUAGGCAAGGUAACAUGGCUGGACGAGGUGCUCAAGGUGGUCGUCCUGCCCAGUACCCAGGUGGUUUCCCCCCACAAGCUGGCCGUGGUAUGCCCCCUCAGAUCCCGGGCAUGCCGCAAGCUGGACCGGAGGGAGUCGCAGGCGCUGGUGUAUUACAAUCGCAGCUCGCAACUGUCAGCCCCGCCCAGCAAAAGCAGCUUCUCGGAGAGGCCCUUUUCCCAAAGAUCCAAGUUAUGCAACCAGAGCUUGCAGGAAAGAUUACCGGUAUGCUGUUGGAGAUGGAGAACCCCGAGUUGGUUAACCUCAUCGAAGAUGAAUCUGCUCUCCGGGCAAAGGUUGACGAAGCCCUCAACGUCUAUGAUGAAUAUGUCAAGAACAGUAAGGGUUCUGAGGCUGGCGAUGCUGGUGAGACAGUGGAUGCCAACAAGGAGAACGACAAGUCUGAAGAGAAGGCUUAA